CUCUGCAGCUAUAUUUACGGCAAGGACAUUCCAGCCACUCCCCUUUCACUGUUUCUGUUUAACGUUGGUAAGUGGCAAGACACGGUUUGGCAGGAAAGAAAAAGAUUUUUGUCUCCUUACAUCCCUUUCGAGGAGAAGUUUAUUGGUGAAGUGUUUGGAAUGGGCGAAGUUGAAGUACGUUACACAGGUAGCUUUCGGGCUGGACUGCAAUCCUUGGGGAUGUCCGGAUCCGACAAUGACAUGAUGUACAUCUACAAAUCCAUAAGGGUAAACACCACUCAGAAAGCAAGUACUACAGACCAUUUAACCAUUAAAAGUUCUGAUCAGCCAGGUCAUGUAUAUCUGAGGGUUAACGUCCCCAAGUCAGUUUUUAUACAGUCAUAUCACAGGAUUGUUUUAAACGUGCAAGCGGACAACUUUGGUUUCCCAUCUCCAGGAGAGGUUGACAAAAUCUUAGAUGAAUCGGGGUUGCAAAAUCUACAAGAGGGGUCGUGUGAAUUUUUUCUCUCAUCCGAAGUCUUUACCGAGCUUCAUUCUCGUUUCAACUAUUUUCGGUUCGGCGGUUGGGUGACCUUUCAACAGUCUGGUCCAGCUUCAACUGUACGCUGGAACAUUUCCACAUUGCCUAAUUACGUGAACCUUGGGCCCCUGGAUAAUGUGUUCGCUCUUCACUGUCCCUCUUGGCCAGAAGAGGCAUCUAGUUGGCUUAAAAGGGAAAGAAAGUUUGGCUUCCCUAGGGACGAUGUUGUCAAAAAGAUGUUAGACUACGGAGUCGACCUUGUCCCCAAGCCCAGAAAAAUGGAGCACCCAUCCUCAUACCAGAGAAGAAAAACGUUUAUGUGGAGGCUUUCGUUUUCCGUCCCUGAGCUGUUGCUUGUCAAUUCCUGGAAUGAAGCCCAAAGGAUCUGCUACAGGUACGCUAAAACGCUGAUGAAGACAAAUCUUAAACACCUGGACAUUCCAAGUUAUUGUGGCUUAAACGUAAUGUUUUGGCUGAUCGAACAGACGAACCCAGCCCACUGGGUUGGUCAUCAUCUUGUCCUUUCGUUGCAGAUGUUUUUUAAAAAUUUGGAGCGAUGUUGUCUGGACGGUUUUUGUUCUCAUUAUUUCAUACCUGAGAACAACCUAUUCAUAGAUAUUUCUCAGGAUAAACUGCUCAAGGGAUCACAGACCUGUAGGGACAUCAGUCAGAACUUGUACGUUCAUCUCUGGCUAGAUGAAGGAAUUUGGUGCUAUUUGAGUGGACUUCGCCAAAUCACUUGGCAUUCAUUUAAUUCCUCAUCAACAUUGUGCAAAAUGUGUGAUGAGAACAUAUUGGCGGAGUUUUUGGAGAGGUGGUCGCGGGCCUUAUCAGACUUGCAACGGUCUUGCGAGAGAAGUUUUCGGAUUUAUUACUGCUUAAAAGUGUAUAGAGAAUUGGCUCGUGCCUGGUGUGCGUCAGAGCAAUACCCUCAGCGAAGGGAAUUCAUCCUCAAGGCUGUGAGAACAUUUCUGCACGACUCUCGCAAAAGACAACAAACGGCAGAGGAGCAGUUCAUUGCUGACAGUGUUUGCUUUGCAAACCUGAGGUGCUUGAGGGCCUAUUUCCAUGAGGUUACAUCCGUCUCAGAAUGGCGCUUUUUCUACCGAAAGGAGUUAAUCCAACUGCAGCAAGAUCUAUUUCAUCGAAAGGACUUUCAGGGCUCUGUCAAUGUAGCUCUUCAUUUUUACUUGCAUGGAAACUUUGAAGCUGCAGUAAGAGUUUUAAAAAGUGACCCUUUGACGGAUGAAACUGACAAUAGUGCGCAAAGUAUUCCAGUAUUUUCUCCUUUCGAUAAAAGUUCUGCUGACCCAUUCAUCAGAGAAUUUCCCUUCAAAGGACACGCAUUUUACUGUCCAGAGAUCGUCGUUCGUUGGUACCUGUUGUGGAAAUGCUACCUUCUGAUGGACACAAACGACACGGAACGAGCUGCCUUGGCUCAAAGGAAGCUCAGAGAGCUGGAUCUCUGCAAUUUAUAUCAAGAAAACCUCAGAAUAAUGAAACCAUUAUUUGAACCGUUUGGGAGAUAUUUGAAAGACCUUGCUAUCCGACAUAUGGACAGGUCAUGA